AUGCUUUUUGCAAAGCAGGGAGACCGGUUUGUAUAUGACAAGCUACCCCUUGUCGGGUUCGAGUACACCAGGGAGGCGUCCUCUGCUGGACAAACAGAAGGGGUGGAUGAUGACUUUCGAUUCAACCUGUAUCGACAUCCGGAAGUCCAGGGGCUUCCAGCCCAAAACUCGAGGACCAAUACGACCCCCGCGACGAGAACAUCGUUUGACUAUCGACACGAUGUCUAUAGCCUUGGCGUUGUACUCUUGGAACUGGGUCUCAAAGAAAGCGUCGAAACUAUGCAGCAGAUGGCUUCAGUUUUGGCUGGCUACGGUAGCCAUACUACUGAUGGCUUCCGUGAGUAUCUGCUCCGCCACGAAGUUCCUAAGCUGUUAUCGAGAAUGGGCAAGGGUUACCGAGAGGCGGCGAGAAUAUGCGUUGAAGCGACGGGAGAUGGAAGUAUACACGAGGAUUUCUAUCUCAAGGUUGUUCGUGUCAACUAG